AUGUACGUUGGCUUUAUGCGCCCGAUCGAUUCGGUUAUUCAGAGGGCAUUAUGGCGAGUACUAACUUCUCUAAGUCUAGCGAGUGCGAAUGAGAUUAGAGGCUGCCAGCAAUGCAGGCAAGCAUUGACUGAUGCCUUUCUAAUGCCUUCGGUAUGGUGGACCGACCAUCUCCGAAAGUCAAAUGGGUAUUUUGGCUGCGAGGUGACUCGAGACGGAGGAAAAAUUACAGGCCUAAGCAUGUGGUCCCUUUUUCGAACCAAGAAAAUGAAUAAUGACCGAGACUACUGUUGGUCCAAGUUCAACACAUUCACCCGAUGGAUAUCCGAAACAAACCAAACCGGCAUUCUCAUUUUUGAUACCCAAAAACACACUCCUCACCCAUUCACAACUCUAACCCCCGAGGCACAUCUUCUCGGUGACCCAUUCUGGGUAUACCCCUAUAUACUAGACUCAGUCUCCGACCUAGAAGAACAAGCCGUCUGGGCAAUCCGAGACCAAAUCCGACCAAUUGAGAAGGGGGAAGAACAAGUAGGACCUCGCAAAUCACAACCAAAUUACCGCAGAUUACACGACAUCGCCCGCCACUCCAUCCACGUCACGGAAACCCUUGAUGUAACCCUCCAAACCAUCGAGCGCAUCCUAGAGAAUCACCGAAUCUACAUGAACCCAAGCGACUCCGCUCUUUUGUUCUCACGCGCAGACCCCCACGUCUGGCAAGAGAUUCAAUCCCGUCUAUCCUUCCCGCAAAGCUUCCUCGGGAGUCUGCGACACAGAUCCAUCGCGAACGAGAAGCGACUGCAGAACGAGAUCCAGCUUACGUUCCAGACUGUUGCACGACAUGACGCCCUGAUCAUGAUGGAUGAUAGUGCGGCAUUGAAGACGCUUGCCUUUGUCACUUUUACAUUUCUGCCGCCCACGUUUAUCUGUGCUGUUUUUAGUAUGUCGUUCUUUAAUUAUGAUCAGAGUCUGGGGUGGAGGGUUUCCGGGAAGUUUUGGGUUUAUUGGGCGGUAACGGUGCCGACGACGAUUAUUUCGGCUGCUUUGUGGUUUUAUUGGCAGAGGAAUCCUCCGUCGAGGCGGUUCCAGGAUCGGGUGGAUGCGUUUUCGAGAGGGUUGGAUCAUAUGGGGAGUGUGUAG